GACCCAACUUCCAUGCUGUCUCAAACUAUCCUUGUUUCACAAGACAAUAAUCCUUUUCGUUCCUUUGCCUCACUCACUCAUGCACAAACGCGCGCGCAUAUAUAUAUAUAUAUAUAUAUGCUUAGUACAAGUCCCAAAGGGCAAAUAAUCCCAAUAACUUUGAGAAAGCUAGCUAGAGAGCUAUAUCUAACUUUGAAAAUUUGCCCAAUAUACAUGUUCUACUUUGCCUAUUGCAACAUAUCCUAUAGUUAGCUUCUUAGUUCUUACAUUACAUACAUGGAAGUUGACUUAGUUCUUGCUCUCCCCACUCAAAAUUCCGUUGAGGAAUUCAAGCUUAACAAGUCGAAACAGAUAGUGAGUUUACAGUUAUGGAGAGCCAGUUGCGGUUCAGAAAGCGAAAAACGUGUCAAACACAAUAAGCGCAGCUUCGAAGAGUCCUUUGGACAUUUUUUGAAACCUUUGCCUUUACUAGUUUGGAGUGGACAGCCAAAUGAAGAAGAUGACCGCAGUGAAAAGGUGCAAAGAAACAUUCACAUACCAAACAAGAAUGGUGAUGAAGAAAACCAUUUGGUGGGGUGGCCACCAGUUAAAUCAUGGAGGAGGAAAGAACUCCAUCAGCAGCAUCCUGCGAGAGGCCGAAUUAGGAACGAUAGGAUUCAAGCUAAUGAAAAUCAAAGUAGAGGACCAAACUCUUUAUAUGUCAAGGUUAACAUGGAAGGGGUAGCCAUAGGAAGGAAAAUCAAUUUGAGGCUUUUCAAUUCUUAUCAGACACUCACAAGCAGCUUGAUCAGCAUGUUUGCUAAAUACCAAAAAUUUGAGGAAGUUGGAGAAAGUUACACGCUCACCUUUCAAAACGAACAAGGGGAAUGGCUGCAAGUAGGACAUGUUCCAUGGCAAUCCUUUAUAGGUACUGUGCGGCGUUUAGUGAUACUGAGGAAUGGAAGUGAAACUAUUUGACACAGAUUUUUAUCUGUGCUCUGAUGUUGUUUAUGGUGUCGGUUCGGGAAAAGAGUAUUAGCUUGAAUAGGUUGUAGAAAGCAAAAGCAAAGUAUGAAAGAGUCGGAUUACAAAUAACUUGCUUCAGCUUUGAUUCUUUUUAAUAAUUUUGUAUUGUUUCAAUCACAAGUAACCUGAUCGAACUUUCAAAUGUCAGCAUCUGCCAAAAUAAUCAGCGAAAUUUGCCCAUGAUCGUGAAAUUGAGAGCAAUGGUUCACUUGUACUUGUUAAGUAAUCUGCAAGGCAAUUUAUAGCUAUAAUUAAGUGGUUGGUGGGGGCUUAUAAUAAGGAUGUGGCUGUACAUGAAGAAAGCAUGAACUAAUCAAAGCCUUACUUUGACCUUGUAAUAAUAGAGUCUUUGGUUUAAUAAUUUAUAUGAACCUUGUCAUAUUUACAUAUCA